AUGUAAUGUCCAAAGGCGGUCAGCGCGAGCGUUUACAGUUCACGGUCGGAAAAGCGGACAACGCAGCGGACAUAUUUACGAGCUCGCAGGAACGCAGCCAUUUCGCUGAGCAGCCCGGAGCUUCAGUGACACAGGAAGUGAGCAACGCGAGAUUACGGUGAUUUCCGUGACUACGGGGCCUAUCGGAUAUUCGAUUUAACGCCGUGCUCCGCUGGAGUCACUGGAUGCGGUUAUCUCCUCUUAAAUGCCGCCAGCGACCCGUUCAUCCCGCUAAGCCCUUGUUAAUGCUUGUCACGGAUGUUCAGCUAUGCGUUGUUGUCGACCUGACGCGAGGAGGUUGGAAGGAGGCAAGUCCAUAACACCAUGAGUCCCCCAGCUCUGCCCGUGGUCUCGUGCUGUUGUCACAGGAAAAUCUGGUUACAUUCAGCAACAAGAGGCGAACACAUCUCUAUUUCUCACCCCGUUAUUAUCUGCCUCCCAGUGGCGUUCUAGAUGGACAAGCAUAAUGAAUAGAUACACCACCAUCAGACAGCUCGGGGAUGGCACAUACGGCUCAGUCAUCCUCGGCCGCAGUUUGGAGUCAGGAGAACUUGUUGCCAUCAAGAAAAUGAAAAGAAAAUUUUACUCCUGGGAAGAAUGCAUGAACCUUCGUGAAGUCAAGUCUUUAAAAAAACUCAACCAUGCUAAUGUGAUCAAACUUAAGGAGGUCAUUCGUGAAAAUGAUCACUUGUACUUCAUAUUUGAGUAUAUGAAGGAAAAUUUAUAUCAGCUAAUGAAAGACAGGACGCGGCUGUUUCCUGAAUCUGCUGUAAGAAAUAUUAUGUUUCAGAUACUACAGGGACUUGCAUUCAUUCAUAAGCAUGGAUUUUUUCACAGGGACAUGAAACCUGAGAACCUUCUGUGCAUGGGCCCAGAGCUGGUAAAGAUAGCUGACUUCGGUCUUGCCCGUGAGAUCAGAUCCCGGCCACCGUACACAGACUAUGUCUCAACUAGAUGGUACAGAGCUCCUGAAGUGCUCCUCAGAUCCACAUCGUACAGUUCUCCCAUAGACCAGUGGGCAGUUGGCUGCAUCAUGGCAGAGCUUUAUACGCUUAGGCCUCUUUUCCCAGGUUCCAGUGAAGUAGACACUAUAUUCAAGAUUUGCCAAGUGUUGGGCACACCAAAGAAGAACGAUUGGCCGGAAGGAUACCAGCUGGCAAGUGCUAUGAAUUUUCGUUGGCCUCAAUGUGUUCCCACUAACCUGAAGACACUGAUCCCAAAUGCCAGUCCUGAAGCCAUCCACCUGAUGACAGACCUGCUCCAGUGGGAUCCCAAAAAGAGACCCGCAUCUGCACAAGCCCUCAGGUACUCUUAUUUCCACGUGGGCCAGGCUCUGGGCACUCCUCAGCAGAUUCUUGAGCUGGGCAGACCUCAGCCAAGUCUUGUUCCACUACAGGCUCCGCUUCAGUCCCAACAGACGCUGCAACAGCAGCCCCUGCUGCUUAAGCCCGUGCCCCCGCCCCAACCACCACCUCCCAACCAACACUGCUCCCCCUCCAGGCCUCUCCAGCAAAUCCAGCCUUCGCCUGUCUCUGCAGCUCCCCAGGGAGCGGUGUACCAGCGACACACAGAGCUGAUGCGAGAGCAGCAGCCGAAGCACAUCCUCAAGCAGGAGCGAACUGAAGGAACUCCACAGAGCCAUCUUCCUUACAUUGUUGACAAGAGUCUCCAGAGCAAGCAAACAAGACAGGAAUCAGAAAAUGCAAACCUGCUGAGCUGUCAGUUGAAACCGAAAGUAGGGCGGCGGCGUUGGGGCCACGGCACAGGACACCUUAAGGGUGAAGACUGGGAUGACUACGAAGAAACGGAUCUGACAUCCACAACAAUUCUCGGAAAAAGUAACUUCUCCACAGGGAAGUCAAGACAGGGGGAGGACACAGUGUGCAGAUAUGGAAAUGUUCUGGAUUUCAGUAGAUCCAGUGGAAAAGGUGAUACACCUUUAAACCUGAACAAGGCCGCAGCCUACCAAGAGCCAUCGAGGACUGCCUCAGCAAAGCAGCAUUACUUAAGGCAGUCAAGAUACUUACCUGGCAUUAGCACAAAGAAGAAUGUGGCCAUAAAUGCCAGUAAAGAUUUCAAUGGAAGCCAUUUUUGGGGAAACAGUACCAUUCCAUUUGGAGGGACUCUACCGAGCAGAGGUGCUCAUGGUAAUCUCCAUCACUUAAAUGUCAAGUCUUUUGAGUUCAUUUUUAGCUGGGUUCCAAUUAAUGGAUGGGCAUUUGUUUUUUUAACGCCAGGUACAAAUACUAUUCCUGGUGGAUACAUGCCGUCAUUUUACAACAAAGGCACAGGCUCUCCUGGUCAUAGAGGGCAUCAGGGACCUUUAGGGGAAUCAACAGCAUCAAAUUAUGCAACGUGGCGGUCAGGUCGGAGCCAAAUCAACACCUCCACCAACCUGCCAUCAGCCAACAAGAGCACUCCCAGUCUGCUGCCACGUCCACCGGUGCAGACAAUCCACGGGCGAACUGACUGGUCUGCCAAAUAUGGACACCGUUAGUGGCCUCCCUGGAGCUCUGAUCUGUGUCGUAGGAGAGAGAUCUGUGCUCCUACCAGCUCUUUCACCUCCAAAGAGUAGGCCUAGUUUUUUUUAUUCUAAACCUGUAUAUACAUCUUACACAGCAAUAAUUAUUUUUCAUUAUGUGUAACAUGGAUGUUGUAAGUUGAAAAAAAAUUAUUUGUACGGCUAAAUGCAAGUGGCCAAAGUCUGAGCACAGAUCUGCUCCUCAGUGUUUUAUUUUGAACAUGACUACUCUCCUACAGAGGCUACACCCCUACCCUCAGUUUUGUAUUGGAUUUAUAUAAUUAAAUAAUUUAUUGAAUGUUGUUCACCAGAGUGUUUACAUAAUAUGCAUAUUUGAUCUCUAUAGAAACGUCACUGUUACUGGCUCUUGGUCCACUAAUUACUUUGCCUUUUUUAUUUUCCAGUUGUUCAUAUUUUACGAUAGUAUCCUUUAUUAAUCUGGAAACUAUUGUGUGUGUGCAUCAAAUGUUAUCAGUGAAAUUCAAGGCAGUGCUUUAUUUCAGUGAAGUUAUUACAGUGCAGGACGUUGCCAAAUAAUGCACCACAUUAUAUGAAAUUAUCUUUAUUAGGGCAGUAUAAUGAUCCAAGUUAACAUAUUGUAUCCCUUUUGCCAAAUUGUUGUUGAGUAUUAUUAAAUCUUUGAAUGGUUA